AUGAAGAGUCAACCCAUCCUGAUUCUGGCUGUGUGCCUCCUGGCCCUCUUCACCGUUUCCGCCAUGCCACAGCGUCGUGCGAAGAGCCAACGCCAGGUGGAGUACUCAUCCACACCCUACCCGGCAGCUGGCUUCCGCCCCAUGAUUCCGUUUAAUCUGCCCGGUGAAGUGCAGCCCAAGCUCGAGACGGAACCACUGACCACCAGCAGUACCACGUCUGCGAACGAAGUGGAAACCCUGGAGGAUACCGAACCACUUAGCACCACCGAGCAGCAGCAGCCGGAAGCGGAGACGGAAGCGGACUUAGAAGUGUCCAUCCGCACGCCUGCCAACACCUACGGAGCCCCUGAAGAGCAGGAUCCCCUGGAACCGGACACCGUAGAGGUAGUGGCCCAGGAGCCAGCCCGCGACUUUCAGCCCCCCACUCUGGAUGUCGUCGAGGACUUUGCCGCCGAUGGCGCUGCUGCUGUUGGUGGCGAGCAGCCUGUUGCUGAUGUCCCUGCCCUGGGCCAAGCGGAGUCGCAAAACGAUGAGCCGGAGGUCAAGGCCGUCACCCCAGCUGGAACCUAUGGACCACCCACCGGCACCUACGGAGUGCCUGAGCUGAGCGAGACCGAAAACGAGUUGGAUCUAGAGGAGUCGCAAGUUGAGCUGGUUGAAGAGGAGGCGGAGGCGGAGGAGGCGCUGACCAACGAACUGACCAGUGGCCGCCUGAUCCUGCUGCCCUUGGGUGCCAGGGGAUCACAGUUCGGUCGCCUUAUCCUUGCCGUAGAGCAGCCACGUCUGCGCCUCAGGAGCGAACGACAGAGGAGGAUUUAG